UAAUUUCUGCCAAUCCAGAUGUACUGUCAGCAUUAGGAAAAGAAGAGUUGCAGAAAGUAAAGAAAAAUCUUGAAAUGGUGCUGUCAGUAGUUCAAGUAAAGAAUAAACAACUGGAGGAAGAUCUGCAAAGAGAACAGCAGUGGCAUGAGGAUCAGGAGCAGAUCGUACUUUCUCUUAACAGAAUUGAAGAAGAGACAAAGAUCAACAUUAAACAGCGUUCCAAAAAAAGAGCAUUUAAGGAACUGCAACAUCAAAUAUUGAAACUAAAGACAUAUAAGGAAGAACUCUUGAAUGCUCUGGGUGAAUUCCUAGAAGAACAUUUUCCCCUUCCAGAGAAAUGUAGAAGUGCUAAAAAUAAUAAG